AGCUGUCUAGGAAAUGGCCUGCCCUCACGAGGCGAUGGUGGUGGUGCUGGAUGGCGAUGGUGGUGAGCAGAAGUACGAGUUUGACGCGCUUGUCAACAGAACAGAAGGUGAUUUCUUUUCCACAAGCAUGCAAUACACAAACAACGACAUUUUGACCGACUGUGUGCUGAGAGAGGGUUUCAAGGAAUUCCGUAUCUACUGCGGUGACAUGGAAUGGGUGUUGCUCGGAACGAAAAAGAGACUGCAUGCUGGUGGAAAGUUCUGGGCUGACGCCCAAUCUGGGACCACAGCCUGCGCCAGUGUAGAGAUCGAGCCCUAUGAUGGUGACGGCGCGAAUCCGAACGACCUCAUCCUUUCGUCCUUCACCAUAGACACAUCUCCGCGUGCGUCGUUCAUCGAUGAGGAACCAGAUCCUUUUGCGAUGCCGGGAGGGAAAGGGCAGUCUCUUGGGAUGGUCAAGUACAAGAAGCAUGAUGGGCAGGUCUUCGUGGCAACCUGCCUCCCGUAUGGAAGGGUAAAGUCCGAGGAGGGUCAGAUCUUUGAGCGAGUGGACACAUGGCUGCAGUGCGUUCAACAGAUGUCGGAGUGAUCCCACUGUCUUCUCCAUGCUCACUCGUCUGCCUGGGGCCUCAAGAAGGACCCCCGAGAAGGACCCCAGGCGCCGAUCUGGACUCGAAGAAUAGACGGCCCGCAAGGCCCUCAGUGAAGGCGAGCAGAACGGGUAACGUUGAUAAUUGUUUGUCGAGAAACAGGAUGUAAAUUAAAGCAUUGCCGAUCUAUCG